CCUCCAGUUCACAGUGAGUGGUGCUACUCUGUUGUCCAUCUGCAGAAAAGCAUUUACUUUUACACUGUUACAAUGAAAAGAUCAUUCUCAGAGUCUGCUACCUGUUCAUUCUGUACAGGCAGUGUGUAUAACUGCUGUCCACAGGGCUGGGCACAGUUCUCUUCGAAGUGUUACUACUUCUCUAAUGAGAUGAAGAGCUGGACAGACAGUCGCAGUGACUGCAUUAAAAGAGGAGCUGACCUGGUGAUUAUAGAGAGUGAAGAGGAACAGCGGUUCAUCAACAAACAAAUAAAACUCUUUAUCUGGAUUGGACUGAGUUACUCAGCAGCUAAGGGUAACUGGCUGUGGGUGGAUAGAACCCGUCUGAAGAAAGGAUUCUGGAGGAGUGGAGAGCCAGAUGUUGAUAAUGGAUUUGAUUGUGCCCUGUUUAUCCCUAAUGUGAAUGCAUGGGAUGCGUUUUUCUGUUCUAAUAAGCAUAAUUUCAUCUGUGAGACUAAUGCUGUACUCCCCUAAACCAUUUUUUAUCAUUGUAUGUUUUUGGUUCUCUCAUCUUGUGAGAGGCCGUUGACCAUGCCAGCUGUGACAGUCAAACACAGGACCAAUAAGCAGACCACAAU